AUGGGAUUGGAUUAUAGCUACACGCAGCCGUUUAAUUCAGAGGAUUAUGGUUUAGGGAACACAUCAGUCAGUGGCCACAGCUCCACAGAAAUGAAUAUACUCCUAGAACAAGCAGAGAUCAAAGCCACGCGGGUUCAGUACCCUCCGCACCCGGAGGUUGAGUUCGGCUUCCCCAAGGAAUGUUACUGUGGUCGCGAACCGGUUAUUAGGACAUCUGUCUCAAGAAAUGACCCUGGGAGAAGGUUCUACACCUGUGAGAACAUCGUUGAUGGAGACUGCCAUGUAUACAAGUGGUGGGAUGUAGCGGGUACAGAGGAGAUCAAACCAAUAGGUACACAGUAUGCUCUGCUUUCUGAUAAGGUGAACUAUAUUGCGGCUGUUAGUGACUACGAGUCAGAACUAAACCAGGUAAAAGAUCUCCAUCAUGAGACUGAACUGAAGUUGGUUGUGCUUGAGAAGACUCUCGCUGAGUUAUCAAAGAAAAUUUCUCCGUUUGGUAAUCGAUUUGAAGUCGUACUAGGUGGUCUGGUUCUUGUAGUAAUGGUAAUGGCUGUGUUUGAAUGUUACUGUGGUCGCGAACCGGUUAUUAGGACAUCUGUCUCAAGAACUGACCAUGGGAGAAGGUUCUACACCUGUGAGAACAUCGACGAUGGAGACUGCCAUGUAUACAAGUGGUGGGAUGUAGCGGCUACAGAGGAGAUCAAAGCAAUAGGUACACAGUAUGCUCUGCUUUCUGAUAAGGUGGACUAUAUUGCGGCUGUUAGUGACUACGAAUCAGAACUAAACCAGGUAAAAGAUCUCCAUCAUGAGACUGAACUGAAGUUGGUUGUGCUUGAGAAGACUCUCGCUGAGUUAUCAAAGAAAAUUUCUCCGUUUGGUAAUCGAUUUGAAGUCGUACUAGGUGGUCUGGUUCUUGUAGUAAUGGUAAUGGUUGUGUUUGUAAUGUUUAAGUAG